AUGUGCAAAGAUAAAAAGAGCCGUGAUGAAGCCAAGAAAGAUGACUCUAACACACAGGCGUUGGAUACACUAGUUAGCUUAAUUGGUGUUGGUGUUGUUGCUGCUGUUGGUGUUGUUGUUGGUGGUUUUGUUGGUUAUGUAUGGGGUUCUUCUUGUAGCGAUGACGGACCAAAUGGGAAUAAUGAGGCCAACAAAUUUCAAGAAUUAAAAGAAGAAGAAUACAAAUCUAUGGGGUCAGAAGGAAAAUGUUCUGUAUGUAUGGAACGGAACGCGCGGGUUUUGUUUUUACCAUGCAAACACUUGGCGACGUGCACCACUUGUGCCGAACGACUUGAUCGACGUUGCUGUCCCAUGUGCAAUCAGCCUUAUGCAGAAAAGAUUAAUGUGUUCACGACAUAA